AAAAUGGAUUAUAGCAGAUGGCGCUUCAUUAGCUUGUUGAUGUAGAGAAGUGUGCUUAGUGUUCAAUUGGUAAUUUUAUUAUUCAAAACAAUGAAUAAAACUUUCCAUUGAAAUAUGCCACGCCGCGAUAGUUCUAACUCGGACAGCGAUCGCAGUGAUCAUCGAAGGAGAUCUAGAAAAAGUAAAAAAAGAAAAAGAUAUUCAUCAUCAUCUGAUAGUGAAGAUUCAACUUCAGACAGAAAGCAUUAUAAAUCCAGUCGAAGUAAUUCAAGAAGUCGCUCCCGAUCACGAGAUUAUUCCCGAAGGAGUCGUUCCAGAUCCAAAGAACGUUCGCACAGAAGCCGGUCAUGGUCAAAAGAAAGAUCUCAUAGAAGUCGUUCCCGAUCAAGAGAUAGAAAUCAUAGGAGUCGUUCUCGGUCUCGAGAACGUUCCCGUAGAAGACGGUCUCGAUCUCAUUCUGGUGGUAGAAAGCAUGAUUCUAGGUAUAAUUCCAGAUCAAUUCGCCGUCGAUCACGAUCUCGUUCUAGAAGUAAACCUUCUAGAUCGAGUUCACAGAGUGACUCACGUUCCCAUAAUUCAAGAAAAUCACGACGAUCAAGAUCAAAAUCCCAUUCACCUCAUAGGUUGAUAUCAUUUCCACUAAAGCUUACUUUUUUUUAUAAUGCCUAUAUAAAUUUUCAAAUAAGUUUUAAACAUCUUAAAUCAUGUUGUUAAUG